UAGCUUUUAAAAGUAUGAAAUAUAAUUUUUAUAUUUACAAAGAGGAAUCUUGCUUGUGUUUAAUAUUUAAACAACUAAUUAACAAUCUUAUUUGGCAAUAAUUUCAAAAUCAAACAAUAAAUAAAUAUAAGAUGGAAGAAAAAAUAGAAGAUUUAGAAUAGCUUGCUAUUUUAGGGUGUAAAGUUUAAGUUAAGAUUGAGAAUUUUGAAUUAUUUAUAGGAGAGAUUUAUCAUUACAAUCAUCAAGCUGGAAUUUUAAUACUCAAGGAGCAGAAUCAUAAGACAAAUAAAUUUAACUAUAGAUUGAUCAAUGUAAAUCAUAUUGAAGAAUUAUCAAUAUUUGGUAGGAAAAGAGAUAUCUAAGACAUUAUAGAGAAUAUUAUUGAAACUAGAAAAUUAGAUGUUGAUCAAGUCUUAAAAAGGGAAGAGUAAGUUUAUGAGUAAUUGCAGCAAAAACCAAACAUAAGUGAAUAAGAGUGGAAAAUAAAAUUCUUCAAUAUUAUAUAAAAAACUUACUCAACUGCCUAAAUAUAAAAUGAUGAUAUUUACAUAUCAGACAUAUAAGUAACAAUAAAGCCUCCAUAUUCAGCUAAUGAUGUUAGUGGAGAUAAUCCAAAAGCUGUAGAAAGAGUCCAGAAAAUUGUCCAAAGAGCUCAAGAAAAGUAUAACUAAAAAUGAGAAAUAAAUUUAAGGAACAUUAAAUUUAUUUUGCAAUUAAUAUGUAUUUAAAAUAAUAUUUGCUUGAAAAGAUGAUAGAGCUAUGAAAUGAAAUUAGGAAUCAAUUAUAAUCUGAUAAGAUCUUAAAUUUCUAUUUAUAAGCAACUAAUUUUAAUUUAAAGUAGUUAUAGUGUUUAUAUAUUUAUUGUAGACAACAUAUAAAUUAAAAUCAGUUAUUGCAU